AUGAACAAUGUUCAUGAAAUAUUUCAAGUGGGUAUUUGUUAUUAUACUUAUUUAUUUACAGGAGCUCAUAAUCAAGCAGGGAAGAAAUUAUUACAUAGGAUUUUGUCACUUGACCCUGAUAUUCAAGAAUCGAAUGACAAUCCAAAUGAUCCCAUGUGG